CCUACAUUUUUUAAAAAAGUAAUCGAAAGUUGAUGAAUAUAAAACUGUCCUGUUUUGUUCUAUUGCACCUUUGGAGUUCUGGUGUCACAAGAACCCUAGGCUUUCAAAACAUCAUGAAGGCCCCUUCAAAGUCUCUAGUCAUCAGAAUCAACCUCGUUUUCCUAGCUUUCUUCCUCGUCAUCUAUGCCACUCUUCUCCUCCUCCCGCCAUCUUCUUCAAUCUAUUCCGAGAACGCGGCCUCUCUUGUUAGGUGUUCGUUGCGCGAAUGCCAUCACAAGGUGGAUAAAGGGAUCAAGAUGAAGGCGGUGUUGGAAGAGACGCGAGGGAAUCUAACAAAGCCCAAGAGAAAAUUGGUGAAGAGACAGAAACCGAGUUUGUUGAACGAAAUGGGAAGAGGGAUAAGGGUGGGAAUGGUGAAUAUGGAGGAAGAGGAUGUGAGCGAGUGGAAUUUGCAUGGACAGGCCAUCCCUAUUCAUUUUGAGCGGGUUUCCGAGUACUUUGAAUGGAAGGACUUGUUUCCGGAAUGGAUUGAUGAGGAGGAAGAGAUCGAUGGGCCUUCGUGCCCGGAGUUGCCAAUGCCGGAUUUCAAGAAAUAUGGUUAUAUGGAUGUGAUAGUGGCUAAGCUGCCGUGCAAGUUCCCGGAACAAGGGUGGGGGAGGGAGGUGUUUAGGCUGCAAGUGCAUCUCAUAGUGGCAAAUUUGGUGGUGAGGAAAGGGAAGAGGGAUUGGAAUAAGAGGGCAAAAGUGGUAUUUUUGAGCAAGUGUAGGCCUAUGUUGGAGUUGUUUAGUUGUUCAGAUUUGGUGAGAAAAGAGGGUGAUUGGUGGUUCUUUGAGCCGGAGAUGGGGAGGUUGGAGCACAAGGUUUCUUUGCCUAUUGGCUCUUGUAAUUUGGCUCUGCCUCUAUGGCAAAAAGGAAUCGACAAGGUGUACGAUGUCUCCAAGAUCGAACGCAGCACCAAAAUAGUGAGACGAGAAGCAUACGCUACGGUUCUGCAUUCCACCGAAUCGUACGUUUGUGGCGCGAUAACUCUGGCCCAGUCUCUGCUACAAACUGGAACCAAACGCGACCUUGUCCUCCUCAUAGACAAGUCCAUCUCCCCACCCAAACGCGACGCGCUGGCCGCAGCCGGGUGGAAGAUCCGACUCAUCAAGAGGAUCCGAAACCCGAGAGCCGAAAAAAACACAUACAACGAAUACAACUACAGCAAGUUCCGGCUCUGGCAGCUCACAGACUACACCAAGAUCAUCUUCAUCGACGCCGACAUCAUCGUGCUCCGCAACCUCGACCUUCUCUUCCACUUCCCGCAGAUGUCGGCCUCCGGCAAUGACGGGUCCAUCUUCAACUCGGGUGUCAUGGUCAUCGAACCGUCAAACUGCACGUUCAACAUCUUCAUGGAGCGCCGGAGAGAGAUCGUGUCAUACAACGGAGGUGACCAGGGGUUCCUGAAUGAAGUGUUCGUGUGGUGGCACAGGUUGCCGAGGAGGGUCAACUUCCUGAAGAACUUCUGGUCAAAUGGGUCGGGUGAGGUCAGCGUGAAGAACCAGUUGUUCGGGUCGGAUCCUCCGAAGCUGUACGCGAUCCAUUAUCUCGGGUUGAAACCGUGGGCGUGUUAUAGGGACUAUGAUUGUAAUUGGGACAUUGGGAUCCAACUUGUGUAUGCUAGUGAUGUUGCUCAUGAAAGGUGGUGGAAGGUUCAUGACGCCAUGGAUGUGAAGUUGCAAAGGUUUUGCGGGUUAUCGGAGCAGAGAAAGAUCGAGUUGAAGUGGGAUAGAGGGAUUGCUAAGAAAAUCGGGUUACCAAAUAAGCAUUGGAGGAUCAAUAUUACUGAUCCAAGAAGAUUGCAUUGAUCAUUGGGUUUUUUUCUUGCCAAAGUAUAUUUUAGAAGGAUGUAUGGGUCAUGCAUGUUAUACAUAUAUACUAUUUAUGAGUGAAUAGAUUGAGUUAUAAUUGUGAAA